GGGGCGGGGACGCGGCGGUGGCGGCUCCGUGUCGCCGGAGCCCGAGCGUGCAGGCCGGUCCCGGCGGCCGGGGGGGACGGGCGGGCUGGGGGCGCCAUGUGGUUCAUGUACGUGCUGAGCUGGCUGUCGCUCUUCAUCCAGGUGGCCUUCAUCACGCUGGCCGUCGCGUCAGGACUCUAUUACCUGGCAGAGCUAAUAGAAGAAUACACCGUCGCCACCAGCAGGAUCAUAAAAUACAUGAUCUGGUUUUCCACGGCUGUGCUGAUCGGCCUAUACGUCUUUGAGCGCUUCCCCACCAGCAUGAUCGGCGUGGGCCUCUUCACCAACCUCGUCUACUUUGGCCUCCUCCAGACCUUCCCCUUCAUCAUGCUCACCUCGCCCAACUUCAUUCUGUCUUGCGGGCUCGUGGUGGUGAAUCAUUACCUAGCGUUUCAGUUUUUUGCAGAAGAGUAUUAUCCGUUCUCAGAGGUCCUGGCCUACUUUACUUUCUGCCUGUGGAUAAUCCCAUUCGCAUUCUUUGUGUCCCUCUCGGCUGGGGAGAACGUCCUGCCCUCCACCAUGCAGCCAGGAGAUGACGUGGUCUCCAAUUACUUCACCAAAGGCAAGCGGGGCAAACGCUUAGGCAUCCUGGUUGUUUUCUCCUUCAUCAAAGAGGCCAUACUGCCCAGUCGUCAGAAGAUAUACUGACCCCCUUGGGGAGUGGCUGUGGUAGCCAGCUCAGGGGAGUCAGGCCUGUGGGCCUCUGGCUAGGUCAGGGCUGGGAGCUGGCAGGCAGCUUCCCCCAGGCCUGGCUUCUCUCUCCUCACAGCUGCAGCCCCAUCCCCACCCUCCUCGGGGCUUGGCUUGGCUCGGAUCCGAUGCUGCUGGAGCACCAGGGA